UUAUUGUUUGCCUGUCAGCGUCACAUGUAAUAGGUCGCUUCAGGUCCCAACACUUAAAAGUGGCUGCUGUGUGUGCAGAGGGUACAAGCCUGAAGUUGGAAUUCUUUUGGUAGUUGGCUGUUGAGAACAUUUCUUUUUCUUCUGGUUUAAUUGAAGUGGGGAAAAAAAAUAUGGACUCUGGAUUUUGUGUGAGGGUGCUGUUGCUCUCUCUAAGCUUUGGGCAGCUUACAAAAGCAUAUGGAGGCAGGAAUGUUAAACUUUACCCAAAAGCUGAGACCCAUCCUCAUAGUUACAAACCUGCUUCCAAUUAUGAGACCUCUGCCCCACCAAGAGUUUCUCUAGCUGGUUCAAGACUUCCUCAGACUGGCUUAUCCCAAAGUGCAAAGUCCUCUACUCAAGCUAGUUUCCAGGGUCAAAGUGAUCAUGGAAGGCAAGUAGAUGGUUACAGUCAACCAAGAAGUGUUUCUAGUUACAGGCCUGCUUCACUUUGGUCAAAUACCAGACAAGCCUCUCACCAGCCAGUGAAGGGUGUCUAUCAGGGUCAAGAUCGUGCAUGGGAAACUGUAUCACCCCGCAGCAACUUCGGGUCUGGUACCGUUUCAAGUGGGGCUAUUGAGAUGCACUCUGGACCCUUGGCCUCCCAGCAGUCGGGCUCCUCAAAUGUUCUCAAGGGCAAAGCAGGCAUGUGGGAUUCUCCCACUUCUCAGAGUGGAGCCGUGCCAAGGUCUAAUUCCUACUCGACCCAUGGGGCUACGUCGUAUGUCCCCCUGCAACCACGCAAGCCCCAUCCUAAGCCGGUUCUUGGCUUACUGUGGACUAUCGUCGCUUAUUUGGCGUCACUCUGAAAUCAAUAAACUGCUUGGAACUACCA